GGCAAAAGGCAUUUGGGUUAUUAAAGACAAUCUAGAUCGGGCUUGUCGCAAUUGGAGCAGGGUAGUCCCCCACUUCGAUUGAGACAAUGUGCCGACACUAGCGUACAUAUUCCAAAUCCUGGGGCCGCCAACACAGUCCACAGACAACCAAGGUAACUACACUACUACCCGCACCAACACCACCGCAAACGCGCCCCAAGGAUUACCAACCGCAGCUGUCGCAACCGUACCCCGCGGCUUGUCUUUUACUUGCUUCCUGACCCUCGCUUCGUCCCCCAGACCACUCUUUAUUUUUGCGAUACCAGCCCGGACACCGUUGUGGUGGUUUAUAUCUUUCGUCCAUGCCCUCUCUGUCCUUCCUUGUUCGACCUUCUGUUGUCUCGUCCAGACUAGCUUCAGGCCGAGUUGGUUCUUUGUCUAGACAUUUCUCCGUCACAGCUCUCAACAUGGCUCCCAUUUCUAAAGAAACCGAUUUUCUCGUCAUUGGUGGUGGCAGUGGUGGCAUCGCGACUGCCCGCGCUGCUGCUGGCAAGUAUGGCAUCAAGUCCAUGGUAGUCGAGGGCAAGCGUUUGGGAGGCACAUGCGUCAAUGUUGGCUGCGUACCCAAAAAGGUCACCUUCUACGCCGCUCUUAUUGCCGAAACCAUUCACCAGGCCAAGGACUACGGCUUCAGCGUCGAGCAAACUGCUCCCUUUGACUGGCCUACCUUCAAGCAAAAGCGCGACGCUUAUGUCGCCCGUCUCAACGGCAUCUAUGAGCGCAACCUCGCCAACGACAAGGUCGAGUAUGUGCACGGCUGGGCCAAGCUCCUGUCCCCCAACUCGGUUGAGGUUACUCUCGAUGACGGUACCAAGUCGGUUGUCAACGCCAAGAAGAUCCUGAUCGCCGUGGGCGGCAACCCGACCAUCCCUCCCCAUAUCCCCGGCUCAGAAUAUGGUACCAACAGCGACGGCUUCUUCGACAUCGACACCCUUCCCAAGAAGGUCGCCCUUGUUGGCGCCGGCUAUAUUGCUGUCGAGUUUGCUGGCAUGUUGAACGCCCUCGGCGUGGAGACUCAUCUCUUCAUCCGCCACGAUACCUUCCUUCGUAGCUUCGAUCCUAUGAUCCAGCAGGUGUCGGUUAAAGAGUAUGAGCGCAUCGGGGUCAAGGUCCACAAGAAGAGCCAACUCACCAGUGUCGAGAAGGAUGCGGCGGGCAAGCUAGCUAUCAACUUCAAAGAGGGUGAGGGCGAGCAAUCUAUUUCCGAUGUCGACCAUCUCAUCUGGGCUGUUGGUCGCACACCGGCGGUCGAGGGUCUCGGCUUGGACAAGGCGGGUGUCAAGACCAACGAAAAGGGCUACAUUGAGGUGGACGAGUACCAGAACACCAGCACCGAGAACAUCUAUGCCGUAGGUGAUGUGUGCGGUCAGGUUGAGUUGACCCCUGUCGCCAUUGCUGCCGGUCGCAAGCUGGCCGCCCGUCUGUUUGGCCCCGAGGAGUUCAGGACACUCAAGCUGAACUACGAUAAUGUGCCAUCCGUUGUGUUCGCCCAUCCUGAAAUCGGUUCCAUUGGCCUUACCGAGCCCGAGGCGGUUGCCAAGUACGGCGCCGAGAACCUCAAAAUCUACAAAUCUAGCUUCACUGCCAUGUACUACGCCAUGAUGAAGCCUGAGGAUAAGGCACCGACAGCCUACAAGCUCAUUUGCGCCGGCCCCGAGGAGAAGGUUGUUGGUCUGCACAUUAUCGGCCUUGGCAGCGGCGAGAUCCUCCAGGGCUUCGGUGUGGCCAUCAACAUGGGCGCGACCAAGGCCGACUUCGACAACUGCGUGGCUAUUCACCCCACCAGCGCCGAGGAGUUGGUGACCCUCAAGUAAACAGAGUGCGGAUAGGCGAAAAGGGUGGUUCUCAUUGAUUUGUACCUAUUUAAACCGGAUAUACCUCUGCAUGUUUGGAAGAUGGUGUUUAUUCGUAGCGUGGCAGCCUUAUUAGAAGCAAAAGUUGGAAAUGAUACCUGAACAUAUAACACUCGCG